UGCGCAAAUUGAUGUCAAUGUGGAAAUCAAUAUGGCCGCGUACAGUGGGAGAUUUAAGAUGACAGUCACUAACAAGCUGUUUCUGUUACAUAACACGCUAAAUACCUCUAAACUCUUUAUAGCAAGACGACCGCUUUCACAGCUAAUUCGGGGAAAGACUGUUAAAAUAGGAUGCGCUUGUGGAUUUUGGGGAGACACUGCAGUAGCAGCACCACAGUUAAUUUAUGGAGCUAAAGUUGAUUACAUAAUGUUUGACUAUUUAUCAGAGAUAACCAUGUCACUAUUAACAGCAGCAAAACACAGAACACCUACACUUGGUUAUGCUCCUGAUUUUGUUCAGAUUUGUAUAGCCCCAUUUAUAAAAGACAUUAAGGAAAAGGGGAUUAAGAUAAUUAGUAAUGCUGGAGGUGUUAAUCCUAUAGGAUGUGGUGUAGCAUUGCAAAAAGUUUGCCAAAAGGCUGGUGUAAAUUUAAACAUUGCUGUUAUAGAAGGUGAUGAUUUAAUGCCGGAGGUUAACAAACUUCGAAACCUUGGUAUUACAGAGAUGAAUUCAGGAAAAGAAUUCCCAACUGCCAUACACAGUAUGAAUGCUUACUUUGGUGCAGGUCCAAUUGCAAGGGCUCUAGAUUUAGGUGCUGAUGUUGUUAUAACAGGUAGAUGUGCUGAUAGUGCAAUGGCUUUAGCUCCACUUAUACAUAAUUUUCAGUGGAAGAUGGAUGAUUUUGAUCUCUUGGCAGCAGGAAGUUUAGCUGGUCAUUUAAUAGAAUGUGGACCUCAGAUAACUGGUGGUAUAUUUACUGACUGGCAUCUAGUUGAUCAUUGGGAUAACAUAGGAUUUCCUAUUGUUGAAGUUGGCAGUGAUGGUCAUAUGAUAGUAACUAAACCCAGUGGUACUGGUGGAUUGAUAUCUACAGCAACAGUUAGUGAACAGUUAUUAUAUGAAUUAGGAGAUCCAGGGCGUUAUUUUUUACCGGAUGUUGUAUGUGAUUUUAGUGAUGUUAAACUAGAACAGAUCUCAGAAGACCGGGUUGUUGUUACUGGUGCUAAGGGAAAUCCCCCUUCAGGUGAACUUAAGGUAAGUGCUACUUAUGCAGAAGGCUUUCGAUCGACUGCAGUAGUCUGUGUUGGUGGACCACAUUCUAAAACUAAAGUUGAAAAAACUGCUAAUGCCGUUAUUCAAAGAUGUCAAAGAAUCUUUAAUCAGUUAGGUUUACAAGAUUUUACAGAUGUUAAUAUAGAGGUACUAGGCAGUGAACACAUGUACGGUCCUCAAUCACACAUUCCAAAGGGUACAAGAGAAGCAGUAUUGUGGUUAGCUGUACAUCAUAAUGAGAAAAAAGCUUUAGAAUUUUUCUCCAGAGAGGUAGCUCCUGCUGGUACAGGCAUGGCUCCUGGUUUAUGCAACAUAGUUGGUGGUAGACCAAAAGUAUCGGCAGUGCUAAAAUUAUUUUCCUUUUUAUAUCCUCGUAAUAAUUUUAAGGUCUCAAUUUAUAUGAAUGAUGAAUUCAUUGAAGAAUAUUGCACACCAUCUACCCCUACAGCUGAGUAUCCACAAACUGUAUAUAAUACUAAAAGUCCCACACCAGUUGCACAACCAUCUCUACCAUCUGGCGAUUAUACUUAUAGAUUAAUUGAUCUAGCUUAUACUAGAAGUGGUGAUAAAGGAAAUGAUAGUAACAUCGGUGUUAUUGCAAGACACCCAGCAUUUUUACCCUACAUUAAUCAAGCUUUAACAGUAGAAUCAGUAGAGGAAUAUUUCCAGCAUGUUUUUCCAGAUAGAAGUUUUCCAGUAGAAAAUAGGGUCAAAAGAUAUUCUGUUCCUGGAAUUCAAGCCUUAAAUUUUGUUUUACACAAUUCUCUUGGGGGUGGAGGAAUUGCCUCUUUACGCAGUGAUGCUCAGGGUAAAGCUUUUGGUCAGAUGCUGUUAGAUUUUGAACUGAAGAAUCUUCCUGAUCUCCUUUCAGUAAUAAAAAAUUAUAGGUGACUGUGAUAAAAAAAAAAACCAACGUAAAAAACCAUACCGAUGUGUGAUAUUAAUACUUUGAAUGACAAAAAUCAGAGAUGUGUGAAUCAGUAUUAGUUAGAGUACCGUAAAUUAUAAACUAUACAAUAGGGCUAUAUGUGAAAAUGAAUGUAAGAGUUUAAAAGUGUGGUGGAUUGCCUUUGAAAUUUGAGGGUAAAGUUAAUUCUGUUUUUGCAUGUUCAUUUUUUAAAAACAUUUAUUUUCUUGCAUACUAAAACCUCUGAUAAAAGGGUUUAAAUAUUGUCUUUAUCAUUUCAUUCUCGACUGUCUCUGAUUCAACUACAACGAAUAUAUUAUAUAGCCUGGGCAAAAUAGCUCUAGAAAGAGGUUUAACUCCUUUAAUUGGAAAUAUUUAUCUAAGUUUGGAAACGAUUAAAUUUGAACAUUUAACAUUUAAUAUUUGAUUGAGCACAACUACAAGCAUUCGAAAUUGAUUUGUAUGUGCAAAAAGCAACACCAGUCUUCUGUGGGCAUCCUGUUGUGUGUUGUCCAAUUUAAUAGAAGUUGUAAUAUAAUAUAGAACCUUUUCUGAAAAGAUGAUUUCAGAGAUAGUAUCAUAUAUUAUAGUUAUUAAAAAUUCAAGUCUUAGUAAUUUAUUAUCAUUAUUACAGUAUUAUGAAUUUGUCACGAGCCUAUAACAUUCAGAACACUGUAAUAAUACUUUUACUGCCCGAUUUAAAAUAAAACUCGUGAAUGUGCCAAGUCCCUGAAAUACAAUUGAAACUGAACAGUUUAAUCAUGCCAAUUACUAACAGUUUGGGUUAUUUUUUUAUUGUGAUAUUCAAAUUAUACAUGCUUAUUUGUGAAGAAAUAAAAUGGUUCAUAAUUUCA